AUGCUGGCGGACGGACGCACCGCUGGCGCGUACCUGCUGGCUCCCUCGGCGGUGCAGGACGUUGUUUUUGAGACUUGGCGUGCUGUCGUGGCUGAUGGUGGUGCGAAGUUUGUGCCCACGCUCGCGUUUGCUGCUGCAGUGCACGGCCGCUGCCUGCACCUGCGCCGGGCAGCUGCGUUGGUGUGCUUCUCACGUUGCCCCUGGCGAGGCCGCGGGCCGCUUUGCCGUGGUGUUGGUGCGUUAGACUUGUUGUUGGUUGAUGGUGGUGACAGCUGGGCCUUGGGAGGCGCCGUGUUCGGGAGGCCCGAGAGAGGUGUGAUAGAUUUCCCACCCAACAGCUGCAGAUGCCGAUGUGUAUCGACAUCUCUCGCACUGAGGAUGCCCCUGUGGAGGCUAGUUUGA